GCACCCGACGUGAGGCGAAGCCCAGCUUAGUCUCAAUCCGUUUUUUAGGGUUUUGCUUUCGCACAAACUCUCUACAACACUGCGUUCGCUGCUGCAAGCAAGCCCUCCUGCGUGUUCGUCUCAGAUCUUGCCCUGCUUCUUCUUAGGGUUUUUCUCUUCUUAGGUCGUGUAUGUGAUCUCUCGCAAGUAUGGCGACGGCGGUGGGAGUGCGGCAGGAGGAGCGCUGGGGCGCUGGUGCUGAAGAAGAUGGCGAGUAUUCCCGCGAGGGGUACCGUGGCAAAGACCGCCGCGACGCGGACGAUAGGUCUAGGAGGGCGGAGCAUUAUCGGGACAGACAGGAGCGGUCCAAGCGGGAGGAGUACUCUCGAGGUAGGGAUCGGCGAGAUGGCGAGGAGAGGUACUGGAGGAGUGGCGACGAGCGGUCUAGAAGAGAAGGGGAAGAUAGACCGCGUUCUAGGAGGGACGAUGAGGAGCGGCCGAGGAGAAACGGAGAGGAGUCGUAUCGGGUAGAUGAGGAGCGGAGGAGAGAGAGGGGAGAUCGAGAGGAGAGAAGGCGGCGAGAUGAGGAGGAGGAGUCGCUGGAGGAGGCGCCCAAGGUGGUGCCGGAGAAAGUUGCCGUUCCAGAGAAAGCAUCUGGGCGCAGUGGUGGAGUGUAUAUUCCGCCCUUCAAAUUGGCGCAGAUGAUGAAAGAUGUCGACGACAAGAGCUCCGUGCAGUACCAGAGAAUGACGUGGGAUGCGUUGCGAAAGAGUAUCAAUGGUCUAGUUAACAAGGUCAAUGCAUCAAACAUAAAAAACAUCAUUCCGGAGCUUUUCGGUGAGAAUCUGAUAAGAGGAAGAGGGUUAUUUGCAAGGUCAUGCAUGAAGUCCCAGAUGGCUUCUCCCACUUUCACCCACAUUUUUGCAGCUCUGGUCGCGGUGGUCAAUACGAAGUUUCCGGAGCUAGGCGAGUUAUUGCUAAAGAGGAUCAUCUUGCAACUAAAACGAGCUUUCAAGAGGAAUGAUAAACCAGUAUUGCUAGCUGCCGCGAAAUUCAUUGCUCAUCUUGUCAAUCAGCAAGUCGCACAUGAAAUUCUAGCGCUUGAACUCCUUACCAUACUUUUGGAAAAGCCCACAGAUGACAGCGUUGAGGUGGCCGUCGGUUUCGUCAAGGAAUGUGGAUCCCUUCUUCAAGAUGUUUCUCCUCAAGGGCUGCACGGUAUCUUCGAGCGGUUUCGAGGAAUCCUACACGAAGGAGAAAUUGAUAAGCGUGUUCAAUUUAUGAUUGAAGGCCUUUUUGCAAUUCGCAAGGCUCAAUUCCAGGGUUUUCCGGCAGUGUUACCAGAGCUAGACCUUGUCGAUCAAGAGGACCAGAUUACACAUGAGUUAUCGCUUGAUGAUGAGUUAGACCAAGAGACGGGACUUGAUAUUUUCAAAGUUGAUCCAGACUUUGUAGAAAACGAAAAGAAGUACGAAGCAGUGAAGAAGGAAAUUUUGGGUGACGAUUCAGCCGGUGAAGUUGAAGAUGGGGAUAAAGAGUCUGGUGAUGAGGAUGAUGAGGAUGAAUCCGAUGAGGAAGACGAAGAAGACAGGGAGGCAUGCAUGAUUAUCCAGGAUGAAACGGAGACAAAUCUUGUGAACUUGCGGCGUACUAUUUAUCUUACUAUUAUGUCUAGUGUGGACUUUGAGGAGGCUGGGCACAAGCUUCUUAAAAUUAAGUUGGAACCUGGACAAGAGAUGGAGCUGUGCGUUAUGCUUUUGGAGUGUUGCAGUCAAGAAAGGACAUAUCUGCGAUAUUACGGUCUCCUUGGGCAACGGUUCUGCAUGAUCAAUCGCGUUUAUCAAGAGAAGUUUGAUAUCUGUUUUGUGAAUCAGUACUCAAUGAUUCAUCGCCUGGAAACAAACAAGCUUCGCAAUGUUGCGAAGUUCUUUGCUCAUUUGUUGGGCACGGAUGCGCUUCCUUGGCAAGCCCUGGCCUAUAUCCGACUCACAGAGGAGGAUACAACUUCUUCAUCUCGUAUUUUUAUCAAGAUUCUUUUCCAAGAGCUUUCAGAACACUUGGGACUGCGGAAACUGAACGAACGUCUGAGCGAUCCCUCGAUGCAAGAAUCUUUUGAUGGAAUCUUUCCAAAAGAUAAUCCAAAGAACACGCGUUUCGCCAUCAACUUCUUCACUUCCAUUGGUUUGGGUGGUCUUACAGACAACCUGCGUGAGUACCUAAAGAACAUGCCACGCAUGAUCAUGAAUCAACACGUACCCGUUCCAAGCGAGAGUGAUGACUCAGAUGCAGACUCGGACACUUCAGGGGGCGGCAGUUCCUCAGCCAGCAGUGUUUCAGAUUCGAGUAGCGACAGUGAAAGUGACAGUGAGAGUGACAGCGCUAGUGACAGCAGUCCAGAGAAGCCACGGAAAAAGAGAAGAACGUGAGGUUUGUCUGUAAAUCUUGCACUGUAUUUGUGUUGUAGAUAUCUUCAUCGAUUUGCUGCUUUCGUUAGGUUUCUGGUUUCAAUAGGAUGAGAUGAAAAUCAGUUACGAGUUCAAUUAUACUUCAAAAACUUGGUUUUUUACGGGGAAGAAUUCUUUCAGUUUUUUCCCAGACAGUUGGUGAGCAUGGAAUUUAUGCAUCAGUGAAGAACCCUGCAAUUUUGCUUAUUGAAAAAUCGUGGUGGGAUACCUAAAACCUGUCACAAAGUGAUGCUUGCACGGGUAUCAACUUGACUAAUUAUUGAUAGUUUUGCUUGAAUGUAA